AUGGACGACGACAAAUGCCCACUGCAAUACCAUGAAUUCAAGGUUUUAGAUCAUAGCAAAAUGUGCCCGUCGUAUACGAACGUCUUGAAAAAGAGUUUAGAUCAAGGUAUUGGGAUAGAGGAUCUUUCUAUGCUUCAGAGUGACCUAGAAACGUUACUGGCUGCCGUGAAUCGACGAUCUCGGCUUCUUGAAUCUGAAAAUAAAGUUUUAGUUGAUUGGCUUGAUAGAAAAGACAAGAAAGGCACGAGACAGAAAGAGAUAGAGAUUCUGAACUCUUUAAAAAGAUGCAAACCUUCUUCUCUGGACGAUAGAAGCAAGAAGCAGAAAAUAGACGACAAAGCCUUUGGUCAAAAGGCCAAGGGUUAUAAAAAAUCUUCUGGGACCAGAACUGAUUAUUUCGAGGCGGAAGAUGACACAACUAUGGUCAAAUCAAAGGCUGCUGAUGCACCGAAUAGAUUUUGGGCAAUGGUUGAGCCGUAUUGUGCAGACAUUACAAUGGAUGAUAUCAGAUAUCUGGAAGAAUCAAUAAAAGCAUCUGAAGAUCUUGAUGAAUAUUUUAAGGUGCCUCCACUUGGAAAACACUACAGUGAAAAAUGGGCGAUAGAAGAUUUGAUGGAAGAGCAGGAAUCGGGAAAGAAGGUUCGAGAUGAAAAGAAGCCGAGCACGUUGAAAUCAAGUAAUGUGGAAAAUUUCGAGGAAAAUUCCGUCGAGGAUAUUCUGAAGAAAGGCUCUACGGACAUCAGUUUGCCUGCCGACGAUGCCUGCCCCUUUGGACCUCUUACGCAACGACUUCUGUCGGCAUUCGUCGAGGAGAACAUCAUUGCUCCGGUUUCCGAGGAUGUGACCGACCCCGGAAAGACCGUUACCGAGUCCGUCGUCAUACCGCAUGCGCAGGCGGGAAAAUCGGUGCACGUUCCUCAUGCUCGGAAUUUGGAAACUCGACUCAAACAGGAACUUGUGGAUCAGGGUAUCAUCGAGAAGCUUGAAGGUGAUUCCGGCGAUAAGGUGGACAGUGGCGAUGAAGUCUUGUGUGAAUUGAAGAAAAAACAAGCGGAGCUGCAAGUUAUGGUCAGCUUGAAUUUACAGAUGAAGCGAGACCUCCUGGAGGCCGCACAGACGGAAGUUCGCAAACAGGAAUUACGUCAUAGGGUGCAGUCUGCCGACUCCGAUGUAAUGGAGUGGUUUCGGAAGUUCACAGUUUACCGACAGAACAAAAAGAGUCCGACGCGAAAGGAAAGAGAGAUGGCGAACAAUGCACUCCGUGUACGAGAGACCUUCGUGAGAGUGCUCAAUUCCGAGGAAAUAUAGCUUGGAAAUUUUCCACCAUGUUCAUAUUUGCAACAUGUUAUGGAUUUGCGCAUUCUAAUUUAUCAUGUGAUUAGGUUUCUGGUAUCACGUGACCGUGUAGUGAAUCGGAAUCAAUCAUCUUAUCGAAGAAUGCUUGCUUUCAGGGUACUCGGGGAUAGGCUGGUAGGUGGUACAGUUAGUACAAAUGAGUUAAGAGGGAAUUUCACGACAAACGCUGUCCGUGCACGGGCUCUUUUAAUCAUCCAAAUCUUUGAUCAUCUGAGUGGCAAUAAAAUGCAUUAGUUUCUGGUUUGUCUUUAUAAGCUUACCGGGAUCAACCGAUGUGAUGUAUUCUCCGUUUGUUCGCGGUGAGGUCUGGGAACGGUUUCACGAAACACGUAAAGAUCUGUGACCCUGUUUGGAAUGUUUGGAAGCCUCCAAAAAGUUAAUGCUUGGAUUGGAUUUUUCAGUUGAUGGAACGUUGGAUCUAUGAUUGCUCUCAUGUUCUAAAACCACCAUUUUAAUAAGCUUAUAAAAGUCGCUCUGCAUACAACAAUCAAUGACGUCAUUCGAUGCUCCUGCACGCGACCCCAGGAGACUGGAGUGGAAAAACCUUAUUGUCGUGUGAUAGGGGAAGAAAAUAGUCACACGCAAUGGGUACACGUUGAUGUAGCCGUAGAUGCUGAAAACCGUAAACAUUCGCGUUAAAGUUCAUAGGUCCUUUUUCAUAGGCUUAUACGUGAAAGGACUUAUUUACGAAGAGGUGAUACAUGUAUUAUACUUACCAGUGGGUACAACUUGUAGGCCUCUUGUGCCCGGUAGGCGGUAGGACAAAUGUGACCAAUAAAUGGGAAUUGAGAAAAA